GCAGGAAUCCAGCUCCUCUUCAUCACAAACAGGUGCUUUUAGAGAAAACUGAGGCUGAACCAUCGAUCUGCUGCUGAUCGAUCAGGAUUUAAAACAAAAAGCCUCCAUUCAACGUCACAGGGGACAGAAAGGCGGUGGCAGGUGGAGGAGGAGCCGGGUGACGGAGAGCCAUGCUGUCUCUGAGCUUCACCGACCCGUGGCCUGAGGGCUCCGUGGGGCUGGAGGAGGAGGUGGUGACCGCGGCCGCGCAGGCGGAGGAGCGGGACAGCAGCAGCAGCAGCUCCAUCAGCUCCAUCAGCUCCAUCAGCUCCAUCAGCCUGGACGACAGCCUCACCAGCCUGCAGUGGCUGCAGGAGUUCUCCAUCCUCGGGCCCAGCGUGCCGCCGCGGGUCCCCAACCAGCCGCACCUGUUCGGCCAGCACCAGCCGCCGGGCUCCGACGCGCCGGCCUCCCCUCUGGCCGGGGACCCCGCCUCCAUCGGCAUGCCCCUGACCCCGGGGAAGCCCACGGCGGCGGCCUACAGCAGGUUGCAGUCUCUCCCGGGCAUCGUGGCUCACGGGCACUGCCCCGACGAGGUGGACUACAAAACCAACGCGCGCAUCAAGCCGCCGUACUCGUACGCGACGCUCAUCUGCAUGGCGAUGCAGGCCAGCAAGAAGACCAAGAUCACCCUGUCCUGCAUCUACACCUGGAUCACCGACAACUUCUGCUACUACCGACACGCGGACCCCACCUGGCAGAACUCCAUCAGACACAACCUGUCGCUCAACAAGUGCUUCAUCAAGGUGCCACGGCAGAAGGACGAGCCAGGGAAGGGCGGUUUCUGGAAGAUCGACCCGCAGUACGCUGAGCGCCUCCUGAGCGGCGCCUAUAAGAAGAGGCGGAUGCCUCCGGUCCAGAUCAACCCGGCGCUGCAGAACCGGCUCAGGGUCUCCCUCCAGCCCCCGUCCAGAGGCCCCUGCAGCCCUGCGGGAGGUCAAAGCAGCCUGUGCAUCGACACAGAGUCCCAGCGGCUCCUCCGGGAGUUCGAGGAGGCGACCGGCGCCGACCAGAACUGGGACCCUCACCUGGCCGAGGGGACCAUGCUUGGGUCCUGGCCCGUGGUGCGAGGGAGAGGUGGGCACAAGAGGAAACUGGGCUCCAGGACUGGCGGCGCCAAAGCAACCCGGCGCUCCAGCUCCCCACUGCUCUCCACAGACGAACAGAAGGACAUCGGACCCCUGAAGGGGGACUUCGACUGGGACGCCCUGCUGGACUCGGCCCUCAACGGGGAGCUCAGUCUGGACGGAGGAGAAGCUCUGAGCCCCAUCAUGAAGGAGGAGGACCUGACGGUGCGAGGGACCCACAUCUCUCCGGUCGAGGCCCCCGCAGGGACAGGGGACAUCCACGUGUUGGUGGAGACCCAAAGGAGAACAGACGGGUCGGACUUUGACGAGGAGACCUUCCUCGCCACGGCCUUCCUGGAGAGCCCCUGGCCUGAAGAGGAGGAGCAGGGCCGCAGUGACUUCCUUUGUAGCUCCUCCGUCAACCUGGACCAGCUGUUUGACCUGGGAGACUCUUUAGGAGGAGACCCGAGCACCCGGAUCGACACCCUCCUCUGA